UGCCGCCCCGGUACACCAAAAAUUUGCCAGUCGCGUCGUUGAUUGGCUUGGACGUGCUAGAGGGAAAGAUGGUUUUAUUGAGGAAGGCGAAGCCAUUGCUAGUGGCCCUUUCUCUUGCUCUCGGCGGGGUCCGGCUCGCGGGUGGUGUGGAACAAAAAGCGGAAUACUCGGUCACCGCGACCAAGUAUGACACGCGAGCAAGUGACUCCAACGGCUGCGGCACCGACGGGUGCAGUCCGGACUUGAUGAACGAUGGAGACCUGAACGACGUUCCAGAGUCCCGUUGGUCAUGCGAGACGGCCCUGGCGGGAACAGAGUUCGAGUGCUACGCGACCUUCGAUCUCGGCUCGUCGCAAAGCCUCACCAAGCUUACCAUAUACUUCUAUAAGUGCGACGACGUGGACAGAGCUACGAACCCCUUCAUCGUGUCCACGUCGACCGACGGCACCACCUACACCACCUCCUUCGAGGACGUCAACACUAUACCGACCGCGAUCGGAGCGGGCGAGGACUUCGCGUUCCCCACGGGCUCCAGCGGGCGGUACGUGCGGUUCACGGGCGAGCUCGCGGACGACCAAUGGCUGAGCAUCAACGAGGCUGAAAUAUAUGUGGACGUCGCCACGCCUGCCCCUGUGGUGCCGGAAACACCUGCCCCCAUCCCCCCACCAACCCCCGUGCCUACGGUCGAGGUGACCAUCGAUGUGGCCACGCCCUCCCCCGUUGCGAUGGACACACCCUCCCCCACUGCAGUGAGCACCGUCGCCCCCACCUCCGGUUCAAGGGCCAUCGGCAUCACUCCGGUUCCUUCUGCCGCGAGUAUUGCGCCCACGGGUGUCCCGGCCCCAGUUGCGGCCCCGACCCCCGGUCCCACUCCCAUCGGGGGGCCGGCAUGCGGAAACGUAACGGUGAGCAAUGCUGGCGACCUGAACGGGGAUUACGCCUCGUCGCUUAACGGUGACGGCAGCGUGAUGUAUGUCUCAACGGGAGUCAUCGCUGCGACAAUAUCUUCUUCGGCCGCCCCGGCACAAUGCGCGGACAGCACCGCUUCAGACUGCAACGUGAACAGGUGGCAGAUCGCGCCGUUGGAUGCCGACUCGACGCUUCCCACCUACUGGGUGUACGAUGAAGCGCUUCACCCCUCGACUAUCAACGAGGUUUGGCUAAGGCUUGACAACUGCGGUACCGGCGGGUGCCAGAGCAGUCCCGCAGAGCUCACCAUCCUGUGCGGCGACGGCACGACGGCGUCUGGGUCGGGGACCCCGGCGCCGGCGUCGGUUACCGCCUCCGAUUGCGGGGUAAUCGAGGUCGCGGGGACCUCGGGGGCGGAGAGCGACGGGUUCUACUACGACGACGGCAGCGAACUAGGGGAUGACGUUACGCAGUACGGGGGCUACGACGUCGUCAAUGGGGAGCUGAUGAGCAACGGGAGGGCUGUCGUGGCCAACAGGGUCAACUCCACGUGCGCCACCACCAGCAGCAGCACCGGCGCUGAUGCGUGCAGCUGGCGGCAGUGGUGGAUAGAGGCCUCGUCGAGCGGCACCGUGAGCUACUUCACGUACGACGAGGCUGACCACCCGGUCGACAUCGCUGCAGGCGCCUUGUGGUACACCUCCGACGGCAGCAUCAUGCCCUACGACGGAGCCGUAGCGGUCACGUGCGCGCCUGCGACAACUCCAACACUGACGCCGGCAACCAGCCCCGUGCCCACCACCGACGACGAUGGUACUGCGACGCGCAUGCCCGUUGAGGGCACACACUCGCCGGGAACGGCGGCGCCGGUCGUCCCAGGAGGAGAAGACGGCGGGGGGGGCGGCGACACAGUGGUGAUCGCGGCGAGCGUGGCGGGCGGCGUGGCGCUCCUGGCGAUCUUGGGAGCGGUGGCGUACAAGUUCAAGGACCCGCCGCCGUCUUACGACGACGCGAUGGGGGCAUGAGGGGGGAAUGCGACGAAUAAGAGGCAGGUGGGCUGCUGGUUUUUGGGGCGUGCUUUCGUGCGCGAUGAUGAUUGGCUGACGGCUGCGGCGGUUUUGGGCAGAGAUAUGUUACUGCUGGCUGGCGGCGGUGUUGGUGGCGGUUUUUGGCUUUGAGGAGCGGAUGGAUGUGUUUGUUGGCUCUGGUCUGUUGGUGCCAGGCGGGAACGGGAUUGUUGGUGCAGGCCUCGAUCAUGCCGCCAACUCGCUUUUGAACGAACGGCGCUUGUUUGUGGCCGAGACAACAACCGGAACGUCCGUGUACGGAUUGGUCGCUCGUGAUGGCGAUACCCCUGGUAAAACUACUUUCUAUGGCGACGCCUUUGGCUGUCUGCUGCUGUGCUAGUAGGACUCGUCAAGCGUCUGCAUUAGCGGCAUGGUGGAUAGGGUUGAACGAGAAAGCAUUGCGUUGAUAAUUUUUUCGUGGAUGUUUUCUUUCUUCUCGUUUUCUUGUUUUUUUGUGGGUUUGUCAUAUUUUGCUUGUUGAUCUAUUGGAGGGAGAGAGCAUCGAACAUUUGGCCCGCGGCAUGUAUGUACACCUGGUGACGUUGAGGCAGGCAAGGCGCUGUUCCUGUGCGGUGUGGCACCUUUCCCCUCGAGUCAUCGUGAGCGUUUUGUCACCGAUUCGUCGAUUUGCGUGUGUCCAUCUGAUGCUUGUGAGUGACGGGGGUGGUGAGUGCCCUUAUGGUUGUUCGCGAGAUGAGUAGCAAUGGCCCUUGCGUGUUGUUGCCCCAGCAUGCGCUCCGGUAACUUGUUCCUUGAAACCAAUCGUUCGUUCGUUCGUGCCCAUUGGUGGAAGAGGCGAGUGUCUCGGAGGAUCGUUAGCCGUGUAGUGUUUCCGAGCGAUGAGGCGCUUUGCUUUGGAGGCGUCUGUGUUGCGCAUUCCUCGACCAUUCAAUGCACCAGCCGCAGGCUCUGGAGUUGCUGGUACCAGCGAGGGUCGUGUGCGGUAUGAUGCCUACAGAAGGUGACGCAAUCCCCCCCAGGGAGAACGACCCGUGCGCAAUGCAGGAUGGGCAACGGCGCGGGCCGUGUACCAGUUUAUUGUGUAGCGGGUGGUAGUCUUCGACGCAAUUUCGCUUCUUUCUUUUGUUCUUUGCUUUUUCCUUUCUGCGGGGGUAAAAGCAAAGGCCCGAUCUGGCGGUUUUGUUCCGAGUUUCCGAGGGAGCCGGUUGUCACGCAGAGAUAGGCCUCUUAGGGUCGCGACUACAUCGCGACGCGCCCACCACCGCUAGCGCCGUGCUCGCGGACAUUGGCCAAACUCAAGCGCUGGUCAAUCUCGUUGCUGAGCUGGUGCUGGUGGCGUGCUGAGUGAAUAAUUCUACACUGACUGCUGUGUACGUUGUUGUUGUGUUUGGUCUAGAAUGGGGGCGUGUACGAUGCUUUGGUAUUGUUCUCCAAUUGUGUGUGGUUGUUUGGCUCUUGUUGUGCAGCGCGGCGUAUGGUUUUGUUACAAACUGCUGUUGCGCGAAGAGAAAAACGAGAGCACUCUUUUUUUCAUCUUGUAUCGUUUGAGGUAGUCAAACAUCAGUGCGUGUGCGUGUACAAAGAAGGCAGCGACGUGGCGUUCCUGGCUUCACCGGCCUCCCGCCACCUCCGCGCCCAGCCAACCAUUUCAGCGUGGGAAUGGGGAACGGCCGGUCAUCCUUUGAUUUUGUCUACGAUUGUUUUGCCUCUCGUGUUUGUCGCUCUUUUUUUUUUUUUCUCGUAUAUCUUGAUAACGAGAGGUAUUUGUAGGGGUGCCAUAAGCGUAGUGACCCUCUGCAGGCAUUCUUGCGGCCAGGAGAUCUUGCGCUGAAGUUCCUUAUGGCGGUGACGCCCCGAUAGUGUAUGGAGGGGAUGCCGCCGUGAAGACAUACUUAAUGUACACCUUGAGUUUGUUUUUCACUCGUAUUUUGUGUAGCUUCUCCCUUUUGCUGGAUCGAUCGUGCUCCGAUCUACCUACAGCAGUACAGCCUUUUGCCUCCCUUGCCUACGCAGCAAGUCCUUGUAGUUACUCCGAUCCGGGAGGACGAUAAACGGUUGUGCUGCCGCGCAGCUUUCAUCAUUGUAUCUUUCGUAACGUACCGACAGCAGCGUAUUUUAGCAGCUCAAGGUAUCCUUGUGGUGAGUACAAACAACCACAAGUAGCUGCGAUGACCGCACGGAGGAAGUAAGAACGCGAGGUUACGAAGGAACGGCAGAAAUACAAGCGAUGUACGUGACUAUGUACAUGAUACAACAAA